AGCGCGAAACCACAUCCUCUGACUUUAUUCCGCUAAGUUUAUUCAUGAAGGUCAAGUCAUGUUUUAACUUAUUUUAUUUAUCUUAAAAAAAAAAAAAAAAAAAAAAAAAUUAGCCCGACCAGAUGUUGCUUCAAGUGCACAAGCGGCAGGACCAUCGAGAGCUACAGGUCCACUUUCCACGGUACCAAAUGUUCCAGAUCUUAUUAUCCGAGCGUAUAAGCCCAAAGCGCCUGGAAAACCGAGGCGGCGCGGUGGUUCAAAUGUAGGUAAUACUUUGGUGUCAUCAAGCACUAUAGCGAGCCAAGCAAAAUCGAUACCUACUUCAGAUGGCAAUGGCUUGAGGCCAACAACCGCUAUGGCUCCAGAGGAUACUACCAUAACUACAGAACAUUGUACGGAGUCAAUGGAAGACAACAUAAAAUCAACAUGUAUAUCGAGUGGUAGCCUUUCCAAUAAUGAUGACAGUAACAAUAAUGACACGGACAAUGGCAAAAUCAAUAAUGCACCUCAGGCUCCAAAAUGCUCUAGAUAUGAGACUAACUCAUCCCAAGGCGAUAUCCAACCGCCGCAAUUGAAGCCUCCUCAAGGAAAUAUACAGAAUGAAAUAAUAUUGCGGUCGCAAGAGCCAACUUCGCCUGUGGCUGGAGCCAUAACUAUGGCAACGAUGCAUAGCCCGCCUGACACAUCAAUCGCAGAGCCAAGUGUGGAUCUACGAAUUCACCAGCAGCGCCAACUGUACCACAGCAAUUUAUAUGGUAAUACUGAGUCAGGCCCCUAUCAGUCCGUAGUAGCAGAAAAUACAGCUCUUUGUAGUAAAUCUUCUGGAGAGAUCAGUAUAAGCCCCAUAUUAUCAGACACUGGAUUAGAAGAGCGUGGGAUGAUUAACCGCAGGAACUGGUACGAGGAUGGGUAUCCACGUCAAUUAGGGGAGCCUGUAUUCAUGAGCGAACAUCUGUUUCAGGAGCAGCAUCAACAAGUGCAGCAACAGCAUUUUCAGCCGUCAUUUGAUCAAAUUCAAAGAUAUCCACAACUGCUGCAAGCUGCUUUUACUCAGCCUAGAGAGAUGCAGCCCAACCACGCGACGCUGCAGCUACAGAAUGAUCCAUACACAGCUCCAUCAUCUACACCUCAGUCAUCAAACAUGGAAACAAUGUCGGUCUAUACAAAGAGUCCGGAUUCUAACUUGGGAUCAUCCGCAAUCACAACACAUCUCCAACAAUCCGAUCAACAACUCUCUAUACUACAGCAGCAGGAGCCUUUACAACAAAUUACAUUGCUAGAUAAUUCACAUCUGACUCUUUUGCAACAGCGCCACGAAUUGCAACAGACCCUUUUAAUGCAGAGACAAAGACAAGCACAGAUGUCUCAGCAGGUAUAUUUAUCGACCCAAGAAACGAGACAGAAUCAAGGACCUAUAGUUGAGCUAGUCAAGCAGAAUAUGGGCCAACAGCAUUUACUUCAAACUCAAUAUCCGUUUUGGCAGCAACAGCAGCAAAAACAACUGGAGAUACACCACUCAGUUUUUAACUUAAAUGGACUAGUUGACUCGCCAGAAGGAUCUAAUGCAUCAAUGUCUUUGUCUCCAGUGCCAUCAUCCUCAUCACUUUCCAAUGCUGCUACACCACCACCUAUAUCAUCAAAUACGCAUUCAUCAUCAGUCAUCUCAGGAUACACAUCAGCUGAUUUUGGUGGGGUUAAUGAUGGUCGGGGUGCAUUACAGCAGCAACAUUCAGCACAAUUACUUAAUAGAAACAACUUUAUGUAUUGAGACCGAAUUGGUUAAGGAUAGAUACCAUAUUCCUUCAUUUGUACCUUUAUAAUUGUUCGACAGGUUAGAUCUCUACUGGCGCUGCUUUGUCUGUUCUUUCCGUCUUUCUUUUUUUCUCUUCCUCUCCCUCAUCCUUUCAAUCCCUCCAAUUUUAUCAUUGGGUUUAAUUUUUUUACUUUGAAAUAUAGCUUAACGUGCUGCAGUUCUGGUUUUGCACAAUAAAGGUCUCCAAUGUGCUUUCUCAAAGGAGGGAAACCGUUUCAGUGCACGGUUCUCUGGGAAAAAACUUAGUGGAUUCU